UAAAUUCCCCUUUCUAUGUGCUCGUUUUCAUUUUCGUUUUCGUUCUCGUCCUAAUUCAUCUUAUUUUUCUCUUUUUUGUUUGAAAUAUUUCUACUUUCGAAUCUUAUUUUUUUUUAUUUAAAAUAUUUCUACUUUCGAACCUUAAAAAAGGAAAAUUAUAAGAAAAUAAUGUUAAACAAGUCCCCUAUUUUCUCCAUUGGAGAAUCUCAACAUUUCAACGAUGACGACUAUGGCUUCGAUACUCAAAUCGAUUGUUUCCAGAUUUUUAAAGAAUCAACGAAGAUUAAAAAACAUAGCCACCGGAAAAAAUGGUGGAAAAAUGCUCUGUUCUUCAUAAAGUGGAAAAAUACCAACGCCGGUGAUCUCAACUCCGGCAGUUUCCGCCGCCGGCGUUCUGUUUCCGGCCGAAUAACUUAUGGGCCUGUGUAUAUUACUGAGAGUAGAACUGGAUCGAGCUCAACUUGCCGGAAAACUCGCCGGCGGUUCUCCGGCCAACUCGCCGGAGUUAUGAUUCCGAGCAAGAAAAGUGAUUUGGGGAUGCCAUAUAUUAAUCUUAAGGAGUUCAACAUGGACCGAAUUUCGAGAAUUUCAGCUGCUCCCAUUUACUUGGUCACGUGAAGGACUAAUUUAGAUUCGUAUUGAAAAAUAUUUAAUAAUAUUUGUUUAAUUAAUCAGAAAAUAUAUUAUUUAUUAUUUUAUAAGUUGUGUA